GGUUUUUGUACCGCAACGCGUACGGUGGGCACGUGCUUGAAAGUUGCCCGUUUCGUGUUCACUCGCCAGCCUUAACGAUCAAUGCCCGCGAUUCUUUGAAACGGCGUCAUUACUGGGAUCACCAGUGUUCGUGCACGCGUCACGGGCCGUGCUUAAUCUACAAUCGGGCACACCGAUCAACACGCCGUUGUGCGCGUGAAUCGUCGUCCCUCGCAGAAAAGUCGUACGUGCGACAUGUAACGUAGGACAAGUAUCGUUUCUUUCGAGAUUUCUUUCUUCUUUUAUUUAUUUAUUUUCUUUUUUUUUUCACGAAACUUGAUUGGCGUUCGAAACGUUUGCCUUUCCGACUUCAAUUCUACUUUUACGUGUAGUUUUUUAACGAUCGUUGAGAACUUUUACGACGAUUGAGAAUCGAAUGGCUAGUCGAGCGAAUUACGUGUCAAUAACGGCACGAUCUGCGAUCGUAAACGUAAACACGGUUCCGCGUUGCGUGCCACUUUGCGACAAACGCCCGUGUUUCGAACCGGCAAUCGAGGGUCGGUAGUUUUUGCUUGUUGACACGACUUUCGUCGUUGAGAUUUGCUGCGCAAAUCAGUCUCCGAUGGUGCUUCCAAUCGAUUUGCACGUACGUGUAUACGUGUCCCGAUGGACUUUCGAAAUCGUCGAUGUGUUAAUCCCUGUCGAUUGCGGACUAACUGUGCAGAAGUGAUCGGUGCGGCGAUUUCUUUCGUUUCGCAAAAGGGAGAUCUUGCUUUUACGCUUGGAUAGUGCGCGGUGCAGAUGUUUUGUUGGAUGUAGUGCGUCGUGAGAUUUACAAGUGAAAGAGAAGAAUCGGGGGAAUCGGUCGCUGCGUUGUAAACGAUCCACCCUGCAAUAGUUGCUUCACAGAGGAACACCGUCUUCCCAAUUGCGAAUUAACGAACAACGAUCUCGAGGAUCAUCAUCGAAAAUUGAGAAGAAAAGACUGCUCGGACAUGUCCUGCCCAAUUCACUAUCCUCGCUCAAUGAAACAGAAAUAAGAAAAAGAAAAAAAGAAGAUAACAGAAAUCAAAGAGAUAUCCUCUAACAAAUACAAAGUACGGGAGAAGAGAGUUUCCAUUUCAGUAAGAUGCACGGAAUAAGUCAUCUAUUGUCGCACCAUGGCUCCCACAACGGCGACGCAAGGACAGUCCAUCACCAUCAUCAUCAAGACAAGGCCUCCUCGGAGAGUAGAACGCACGACACGAAGAUCCUGCAGGAGCUGUUGAAUCAGAAACAUAUCCAACGGCGAAUAUCGCGAGGUUCAGUGAGCUCGACUUACUCUUACGGUUCCUCGACGUCGUACGGCUCGUCGCACGGUUCAAACUCCUCUUCCAGCCACAGCUCGUCCCUCUAUCAUGGCGUGCACAAUCACUCGGUGUAUCACACGAUUCACGGUAGCAGCCACCAUCACCAGUCGAUCCACCACCAUCAUCCCCUUCAUCACAUUCAUCAGCUACAUCCGCAGCAUCCGCAGCAUCAGACGAGCAGCGGACGAGCCUCGCCAACGUCGCCCAGCCCUACCAGCGACCACGAGAAGCAUCAUCAUCAGAAGGAUCAUCAUCACUACAGCAUUCAGGAGAUGAUACGACACUUUGGCAGGCGGUUAGGUCAUAUUAGGCGGCAGAGCGAGUGCCAGGAUCCGCCUAGGAAGAAGGAGGAGGACUUUCGUAACAGGAGCCAGAGUCUGGAUGGUGGCGCGAGGUGUCCUAAUCUGAGGGACGCCGACUGCGAGACCACUUACAGAAUCUACGAAAGUAUUCUCAGGCAAGGCGCAAUCAGAAGAAGUUCUUUGGAUCCAGGUGGCAGAAGAUUCUCUUUGGGUACACCUGCGAUUCCUCAUAGGGCUUCAGAUGCUUGUCUGGAUCCUGUGCACGCGGCGAUCCUCUUCCGGGACGCGAGAGGGCUGCCUGUUGUCGAUCCUUUCGUGGAGAAAGUUUCGCUCUCUGAUCUCGAGGAAGACGAAUCACAGAUUUUCGUAAAGUUCUUCACAUUUCACAAAUGUUAUGACCUAAUACCAACCAGCGCCAAAUUAGUCGUUUUCGAUACGCAUCUCCUCGUCAAGAAGGCCUUCUUCGCUCUUGUUUAUAAUGGUGUGAGAGCUGCGCCACUAUGGGACAGUUCGAGGCAAGAGUUUAUUGGAAUGUUAACUAUAACGGACUUUAUAAAGAUCUUACAGAUGUACUAUACCAGCCCAUCUGUAACAAUGGAUGAAUUAGAAGAACAUGAAUUAGAUACAUGGAGAAAAGUCUUGAAAGAUCAAGUGCAUCCAUUAGUGAGCAUUGGCCCAGACGCAAAUUUGUACGAAGCCAUUAAAACUCUAAUUCAGAAUAGAAUUCAUCGUUUGCCUGUGAUAGAUCCAGAUACUGGAAAUGUUCUCUAUAUCUUGACACACAAACGAAUUCUGAGGUUCCUUUUUCUUUAUAUACACGAGCUACCAAAACCAUCUUUCACUGACAAAACAUUGAGAGAGUUGAGGAUAGGUACAUUUGAAAACAUAGAAACUGCAACAGAGGAAACUAGCAUAAUUUUAGCAUUAAAGAAAUUCGUUGAAAGGAGAGUUUCUGCACUACCAAUUAUUGAUGCUGAAGGAAAAUUGGUUAACAUUUAUUCAAAGUUUGAUGUUAUUAACCUAGCUGCAGAAAAAACAUAUAAUAAUUUAGAUGUUUCAUUAAGAGAAGCAAAUGAGCACCGCAAUGAAUGGUUUGAAGGAGUUCAGAGCUGUAAAUUAGAUGAAACUUUAUUUACUAUUAUGGAGAGAAUUGUUAGAGCAGAGGUUCAUAGGUUAGUAGUGGUUGAUGAUGAUGAUAAAGUGAUCGGUAUAAUUUCUCUAUCCGACUUACUCUUCUACCUCGUUCUUAGGCCUUGUGGUGAAGAUGGCAGUAGCAAUAAAGAUAGUUCUAUAUCGUUAAGAGCACAGGAUUCUAUGUCAAAAGCUCCGAGUUCUGUGCAAUCGGAGGCUUCCAUUCCUGAUGGUGAAACAGAAGCUGAACAAGAUACAGUUGAAGUAAACCAGUCUGAAGAAGCACCCGCAACACCUAGUCCACCGCUGAGUCCUGCAGCAUCAGAUAUUUCUGAACCUCAGUCAACUUUAGUAAAUCAGUCUCAAGAAUCUGCAUGGCGGGAAGUGACUGUAUCAGGAGGAGAUUGAGGCAAUAUUAUCUUAACAUGCCAUUCGGCAUGAAAUUGUGAAUUAAUCUGUGACUUUAAAGUCAAACAAAUUUUAAGAUAAUGACACUAAGCAGUGUACGACUAAGCUUGUUUUUCGUUUGUUUUUAAUAUUUGUAUGUACAGUGCUUAAGAACUUGCGAAAAACAUGCAAAACAUUGUUCUUUACUCGUUUAAUCGAUUUACGUCACAAAACUAAUUGUUAUCCAAAAUAAUGUAUAUAAUCAUGCUGAACGCAUGAAAAUAAUGAAACGAAUCGUAAUAAUGAAUGAAUAAUGAAAUAAUAAAAUAGAUGCGAUAAAAGAUAAUGCGAUGCUCCAUACUGUAUAAAAGUUGAUUAAGCUUAAUUUUUUAUGGUACAAAUGCUACUCAGUAUAGACGUUCGAGCUUCUUGCCAGGAACGGUUGCUACGCCAUUAUCUACUCAGGGUAUGAUAUUCUGUACACCCUUUCUUCAAUCGUACACUGUUUCAAUAGAAUUUUCGAGGAAACAAAUAGUGGUUUCUUGCAUCCUUUAGAUUUAUAAUGUUGCUAUGCUCCUUAUACUGGAAUCUUUGUAUUUUAUUUCAGAUCAAAGAUUAUGAAGUAAUUUACUUUAAUUUAUAUCAGAUAAUGUAGAAAACAUGAAACAAAGUAGUCGUAUAUCAAAGAGUGCUCCAUAAUUAAUAAAUAUGGACCUCGUUUUUACAGAGGCCUUCCACGCUUUUUCCUGACAGAAACGAAAUACUACAGUGUUAAGCAAAUGUCUAAACAUAUACAUAUAUCCCGUAUGCUUAUCUAUACAAAAAAAGUAGCUUCUUAUUCGUGAAUUAUGUCACGUUAGAUGUUUGAAUACUAGAAACCAAUAUGCAUAAUAAACGAUUUUGUUUUAAAUGAUUGCACAGCAUGUGAUAUUUUACAAAAAAGGAAAAAAAUACAUGGUGCUUUUGAUUUUUCAAAUAGUUGACUCUGAUAUAGCAAUCAAAUGGAAGUAGUGUGCAUACAAUGAAUAACAAACAUAAAAUACGUAUAUAGUAGAUCAAAUUUUUGAAAUUAAUUGUGUUGUCAUGUAACUUCUAUAUAAACUUCACGAAAUAUUUCAGUACAGGAAAGCAAUACUUAUAUAAAUUCAAAUUACAAUCUAUUGUUGAAUUUAUAUGUUAUAUUAUUUCAUGUACAUUUAAAAAAAAAUGACAUUUACGAGAUAAAUAUAUAUUAUUAAGUAUUGAAAGGCCUACAAAAUGUGAAAAAUGAAAACAAUUCUACAACUAAUAUGCGCUGCCACGGGUAUUUUAAUUAAUGCUUUACACGUAUAAAAAUAUUUGCAGCAUAUUGUUCAAGUUAUUUAUGAAACAAUUUAAUUGCAAACAUAUUAAUAAUUUUAGAUGUACAUUUAUUUAAUAGCUCUUCUUUUAAACACUUUGUAUUUGCUUUACAAAAGAUUUUUAUAAAUUGACUAAAAUAUGUUCACAAGAUUUUCUUUCGGGAAGGAAAUAGAAAUAUAAAGAGCAUAUUAAAAUUUUUACGUGAUUUUUAAUUAAAUUCUAUACGUUCUUAAUCAUUGACAAAAACAUCAUAAAAGAAAGAAAAAAGAAAUACAGCGGAUGAAAGGUUUUGUAAUUGUAUUUUAUAUUGUUGCUGAUUUUCAUAUGUAAUCAAUGAUUAAUUAAAUGAAAUUAUUUCAAAAACUGCGAAAAUUGAUUCUCGUAAAUACUUAUAAAAUUAAUACUAUCAUACAAAGAUUAAAUAAGCACCAAUGCUGAACUAAGAGAAUCAUGUAAAGUAGAAACUCCACUCAAUGUUAUAUAUUGUUUAGAUAACAAAUUAUAAAAUGAGUGGCAGAAAGCAUUCCUGUACAAACAAUUCAUUGAAAAGAAAAAAGAAAAAAAAAAAAAGAAAAACACUGUUUCAUCAUGAAACAGAUUUCAUUCUACGCUUACUGCACGGAAAAAAGGAUGGAAUUAUAAAUUAUGCAGACACCUGCAUGUGUUGCAUCUAUGUGGAAAUUUGUAUAUAAAUGGCCUCUGUGCCAGGAAUGUAUUUUCCUUUUUGGCACAAAGCUCCAUUUUAUAGAAAUAUGAAUGAAAACCACCUAUUUGAAUUUUGAAGGGGACAGUGCCUGUAAUUUAGUGAAUUUAUUCCUAGGUACAUUUACAAGGAUAAGAAUAAAUAUUCCAUUUCAGAUGAGUGGCGCAGUCAGGAUAAAGCAAAUUUACGUUAGUAUUAAUUAACAAGAGACGUAGUGAGGGGACAAUGAUUUUUGUACAGUUGAAGGGAUUGUAGCCGAAUAAGAUUUAGUGUGCUGUAGCUGCGAAUAUUAUUUCCUUUUAGUACAAAAUAUGUUUCAACUUUACAAGUUGUCACGUUCACUUUUUCUAGUUUUUAGACGUAAAAAAAAAAAUCUACAGUAGCCUAUUUCCUGCAGCGCAUCCGAUUUCAAUAUUAUUAUUGCAACUGAAAGCACAAGUUAAUGUAACGUUAACCAGAAACAUUAUUAGUGUUGAGAAACCAUUUGAAGUCGGUGUACGCUGCAUUCGUGAACCAAAACAAUAUAUAGACGAGAUAUUAAGAAUAAAUUGUACAAUAAAGAAUUAAUCAAAUAAUUAAACAGUACAUUUAGUCGCAUCUCAGUACUGUAUAUCCAGGGCAAAAGCUACUAGCAUAUUAUUCAUGUCCCUUGUACAUGUAAGGUACAAAUGAAAAAAAAAAAAAAAAAAAAAAAAAAACGAAUUACUGAGUGACAAAAUACAUCAUAACUGAAACAUUUUA